AUGGAGUGUAACAAGGUUGAAGCUAGAAGAGCAAUAAUUAUUGCUGAGAGGAAUGAUUACAUAGGAGCAAAGAAAUUUGUUAACAAGGCAAAGAAUCUGUAUCCAGAGCUUGAUGGUUUGAAACAAAUUUCGACGAUGAUCAACGUUUAUAUCUCUGCGUCAAACAAGAUCAACGGAGAAGGAGAAGCUGAUUGGUACGGAAUUCUCGGUGUAGAUCCUUUGGCUGAUGAUGAAGCUGUGAAGAAACAGUACAAGAAGUUAGCUCUUUUGAUUCAUCCUGAUAAGAACAAGUUUCAUGGCGCUAAUGAGGCUUUUAAGCUGGUUUCAGAAGCUUGGUGUCUGUUAUCUGAUAAGACUAAGAGAAAUGCCUACGAUCAAAAGAGGAAAUCGAAACAAGUUAAACAAAAAAAGCGUGGAAUGCAACAGAAACCACCAAAGCGAUACGAGCCAGAAGCUUCUUCUAAUAAGCCUAAGCAUGAGCCUGAGCCUGGUUCUUCAUCGAAAAAUGAGAAAGCCGGUAUGUUUAUGACAAAGUGCAAUAGAUGCAACACAUAUUGUCAGUUUGUGAGGGACAGUUGUCUUAAUAUUACCUUACCUUGUCCAAAUUGCGGUCAGGAUUUCGUUGCAGCCGAGAUACUUCCAAAGAUAAUCGAUGGGAGGCCAGUCUUCGGGUUCAGUGAAAGCACAUGUGAUACUUCUUCUUCACCUUGGGAAUCUGAUGAAGCAAAGGCUGCAUACGAAUUAAGAAUGAAAAGCUGGUUUGAGCCUGAGCCUGAGCCUGAGCAUGGCUCUUCAUCGAAAAAACAGAAGGUAUAA